GAAGCGGUUGCGCGUUAUCGUCACUUCCUCCGUGUCUCAAAUGAUUUCCUAUAGCUUUCCGCUCCGUUUUACUUUAUAUCUCCCCGCCUUCCAUAUUGAAGGGGCUGGUUUCUUCGUGCCCCUCCUGCCUAGCCCGAUGUGUGAGUAAACCAAACCACUGACCAAUAAGAACAGGCGCUCCUUGGAAAGUGCGUAAAGCCACCGGCUGACGUCCUGAGGCGGCGGCAGAAUGAGUAAAAUGGCGGCGAAGAAGGUGACGCUGCCGCCACAGCUUGCGGGCAAGUUUAAGGGAUCUGACUCUCUCUUCAGAAAUUAUCUGCGAGUGUGCUAUUUUAUGUCGCUUAGGCAAAACAUGAAACAUGAAUUCUACUGCAUAAGCGGAGAAUACCCCGAUAACGGCACAUGCAAUAGAGAAGUAUCCUUUGCAUAUAAUACAAUUAAAGACAGGCUGCCUCUAAUCCUGACUAAAGUUAUUGAUACUCUGCAUCGACAUAAAAAUGAAUUCUUUGAAGAACAUGGAGAAAAAGGUAUUGAAGCAGAGAAGAAAGUUAUAGCCUAUCUUUCCAAGUUACGGAAUGAGCUUCAGACAGACAAGCCAUUGGUUGCCUUGAAUGAUAACCUUCCUGACACAACUCUGUGGAACCAGUACUUAGAAUAUCAUAGAAAUUUAUCCAAUGGACCACCAAGCUGGUUUCAAUCUCCUUGGUUAUAUACGGAGUGUUACAUGUAUCGUAGAAUUCAUGAAGCCCUCGUUCAAAAUCCACUCAUCAGUGACUAUGAUGUAUUUAAAGAAGAAAAGAUACACAAUUUCUUUGAAUCUCAACAAGCUGUUAUUAUUAUAAGUACUUCUUUACAAGAGAUGUUGAAAAACAUUGAGAAGCUAGAUGAAAAUUUCUUGAAGAAGGAAUUUUUUAGACUGCUUCAGGUUUCUCUUUGGGGUAAUAAGUGUGAUCUUUCACUGUCAGCCGCUGCAGAUAGUUCUCAGAAGUCUGACCCAUUACAAUCUGUCGAAGAGUUAAAAUCUUUUAUCUUGGUGGAUCACAUGGAAAAGCUUUGGUCAGUGCUUACAAACAAAAAGAACCUGAAUGCACAGAGUACUAGACUUGACAUCGUCCUGGAUAAUGCUGGCUUUGAACUUACUGCUGACCUUGUACUGGCUGACUUUUUGUUAACCUCCAAGUUAGCUACUGAGAUUCAUUUCCAUGGAAAAAGUAUUCCGUGGUAUGUGUCGGAUACUACAAAGCAUGACAUGAACUGGACAAUUAAGCAAAUGCAGUCAGCUAAUCACAAGUGGAUGUCUAGGUGUGGUGUCUGCUGGGAGGGCUAUAUGAAAAAAGGUGCGUGGGUUUAUCAUGAUCACUUGUUCUGGACUUUGCCACAUGAAUAUUCUAGGAUGGCUCAGGUUGCUCCUGAUUUGUACACAGAGUUGCAGAAGUCAAAUUUAAUUAUUUUUAAAGGUGAUUUGAACUACAGAAAGUUGACAGGUGACCGGAAAUGGGAAUUCACAGUCCCAUUCCAUCAGGCCUUGAACAAUUUUCAUCCUGCGCCUCUCUGUAGCUUGAGAACACUAAAAUGUGAUAUCCAGGUUGGGUUGAAACCUGGGCAAGGUGAACAGCUUACUAAAAUGGAACCUGAAUGGAUGAUCAUUGGGAAAUAUGGAGUCAUUCAGUUUGAUGCUGCUUCAUGAUUGAGUUCCAAAGUAUGAAGGAUAGUGCUGUGCUAAAUGUUUUGUUGGUCAAAGUUGACCAACAAAGUUGAAAGACCAUUGGCUUUCAAUACGCAUGUUCUCUUCUACAGGUGUUACUGCUAUUUUAAAAGUGGUGUGCAAUUGUGACAUGGUACAAACCCUUUUCUGGUAUUCGUUGUCUUAAAUUAUGAAAAAUGUUAAAGGUUUCCUCUAUUAGAUAUUUUAUUUGUAAGUAAAGAAUGCUAGACAGAGGUGACAUUGAGUGAGAGCAACUUUAGCAGCUGCUAUGUGUCUGAUCUCUGUUCUAACAUACAAAUGGCAAAAUUUGAUUGCUGAAAGUUUUAACUUUGCAUUUCUAUAGCUCAAGUCUUAUUUUAAAGCUGCUUGAUCUUAAGUUGUCUCUGGACAAGAUUACCUGAAAUAAAUUGAUUCAAAUUGGCUUAUGUAAA